CAAUUCGAUUCCUUAAUCAACUCAAACCCCGGCCCUAUUCGGCCCCAGCCCCUGUAUCCACCUAACCCCCCCCAGUUUGGCCCCUACGUUCCCCCCCCGGCGCCGCCAGCUCCACCGCCUCCGGUCACGAUGCCCCCCCUAGUUUGGGGGGGCCCUCAGGUGGGGUUUCAACAGGCGGCAUUCGCCCCCCCCGCGGCAUACGCCCCCCCACCUCAGCAACCGGUUCCCCUGGUACGAACCGGCUUCGACCACUCGCGCUUGCAAGCGGCCCCACCAGCGCCACGACAGGGAACAGGUUCUCGUCGCCCCGGGGGCCGCACGCGGGGCCCGGGUCACGUGCGCUGCUUCACCUGGUGGAAUACCGGGGCCUGCACCAAGGGUACCGGCUGCGCGUUCGCCAAGGCUCACAAGUCUUGCCCCUGCGGCGACCCUCGGGACCACGCCCCAGGCCCCUGCCCCAACCGACCGGCCAGCCCCGGGGACUCUGCGGCAGCCCCCGACCACAGGAUAAUCGCUGCCCCGGUCGCCGGCGGGCAUGGCCGCCCGCCCAGUCUGUCGACGACGCUGUGCGGCUUAUGAGCCCCAAUUGUUACAUGGCCAAAGUCGACAUCGAAGCUGCGUACCGCUACGUCCCUAUCGACCCGUACGACUGGGACCUAACAGCCUUUUGUUGGCCGUCUGAUUCAUUAGAAGAUUUAUACUUUGAUGGGUACUUGCAAUUCGGACUUAAAAACGCUUGCAAAGUUUUUAAUCGUAUUGGGCGCGCCAUCGUUAGGAUGAUGGCUCGUCGAGGAUUCAAGUGCGUAAUUGUGUACGUAGACGAUUUCAUCAUAAUUUGUGCAAUCGAAGCAAUGGCUUGGUAUGCAUAUUGGACUCUUCGCAUCCUCCUAAACAAAUUCGGCUUUAAGGUCAACAUGCGGGCACAUAAAUGUAUCGCUCCG